AUGGGUAAUUCAUUUGCUUGUUGUGGAAAAAACGACUCAGACGCUAAUAACUUGAAUACGGACUAUUUAAAUCAGAGCAAUUUCUAGACUAAGGACAAACUUAGAUAUAUCAUCAAGUUAUAAUCCUUUUUCAGAGGAUAAUUGGCUAGAAGGCAAGUAAAUGCCAUUCGUGCACAGUUAGGAGCAAAGUCUAUGAUGAAUCAUUUUGACUAUAAUGGACCUGAAAAUUUUGAUAAUCCUGAGGUUUAGAAAAUAAGAGAGCAGCUACACCCUUUUGAAUACGGAAGAGAUGAUACAAGUUAUGGUUAAAGAGAAAUGAGAUAAACUAUUGCACUUGAAAAUGGAGCAAGAUAUUAAGGAGAAUGGUUAAGAGGCACAGCCGUUAGAUAAGGUAAAGGUAUCCAGACUUGGCCUGAUGGUUCAGUAUAUGAAGGUUGGUGGAGAGAUAAUAAAGCUAACGGAAAAGGUAGACUGAUUCAUGCAGAUGGAGAUGUUUAUGAUGGUUAAUGGAAGGAUGAUAAAGCUCAUGGAUUAGGUACUUAUGCUCAUUUAGAUGGAGCCAGGUAUGAGGGUGAAUGGAGAGAUGAUAAGUAACACGGCAGAGGUCUUGAAACAUGGCCUGAUGGAGCUAGCUACUAAGGGGACUAUAUCGAUGGAAAGAAACAUGGUCAUGGUAAAUUUACGUGGGCAGAUGGAAGCACCUAUGAUGGCUAAUUUAUCGAUAAUAACAUUGAAGGUGAAGGAGCAUAUCAAUGGGCAGACGGUAGAAUAUAUACUGGUCAAUGGAAGAAUAAUAAGAUGGAGGGCAGUGGAAUUUUCCAAUGGCCAGACAACAGAAGAUAUGAAGGAGAGUAUAUUGAUGAUAAAAAAGAAGGUCAUGGAGUCUUUUACUGGCCAGAUGGCAGAAAGUAUGAUGGAGAGUGGAGAAACGGUAAAUAAGAUGGUGUCGGUAUUUAUACCUCAGCUUCUGGAAAAACUAAGAAAGGUUAAUGGGAAGAAGGGAAGAGAGUAGCAUGGGUCUGA